AAAGUAAUUAACGCCUGAUCCCGGGUAAGCAGAAGCGGAGAGUGCAAUGGAGAACUUCACCGCUCUGUUUGGAGCGCAAGCUGACCCCCCACCGCCACCAAGCACCCUAGGCUUCGGGCCUGGGAAGCCUCCCCCGCCACCCCUUCCUCCUCCAGGAGGUGGUCCAGGCACAGCCCCGCCCUCGACGGCGACCUCGGCCCCCGCAGGAGCCGAUAAGUCGACGGCUGGAAGUGGCCCCUUCUACCUUAUGCGGGAAUUGCCAGGCAGCACAGAGCUGACAGGCAGCACCAAUCUAAUCACACACUACAACCUGGAACAGGCCUAUAAUAAGUUCUGUGGGAAGAAAGUAAAGGAAAAGCUAAGUAACUUCCUGCCUGACCUGCCAGGGAUGAUUGAUCUUCCUGGCUCCCAUGACAACAGCAGCCUCCGCUCCCUCAUUGAGAAGCCUCCUAUUCUUGGAGGCUCUUUUAAUCCAAUCACAGGGACCAUGCUGUCUGGUUUCCGCCUCCACACUGGCCCGUUGCCGGAGCAGUGUCGGCUGAUGCAUAUUCAGCCUCCCAAGAAGAAGAAUAAGCAUAAGCACAAACAGAGCCGUACCCAGGAUCCUGUUCCCCCAGAAACACCAUCUGAUUCAGAUCACAAGAAGAAGAAAAAGAAGAAAGAAGAGGAUCCUGAACGAAAAAGGAAGAAGAAAGAGAAGAAAAAGAAAAAGAACCGACAUAGUCCAGACCACCCAGGUAUGGGCAGCUCUCAAGCCAGCAGCAGCAGCAGUCUUCGCUAAUAGGACUACUAGACUUUGCCAAGGAUGGCUUUCCUAUGAUACCAAACCUGCUGAUAAAAACUCUCUUCCAGGCACUUGGACCCUGUUGUGGGGGCAUCCAACAGCUGGACAGGGGCCAGCCCCUGCUGUGCAUGUGACUAAUACACUAGAGAAGGGCCAUGCGGCCAUGCUUUUUUUAUGGUUUAGUCCAAUUGGCGUUUUCAUGGAUAUCCUUUUUACAAUAAGCUGUUUUUCUUUUUUUUCCCCUCUUUUGUGCAGUUUGAUUCCAGGACUUCAGUGUUUUAUUUUUUGUUUUAAAGUAUGUUUAACACACUGACUAGUAUGGCUGUCUUUUAAGAGGCAAGUGCCAUUCUAUUUGAGUCAAAGUUUUUAGGGCAAGGCACUAAGAUGCAAGAGAUUUUUGGAUCUUGCCAUCACAGUAUUUCCUUAGCAGGCUGGAAAAUCAAAAUGAGAAUAGAAAACAUGGUCUGAAAACAGUUUGCUAGUAUGUUCCUACCAUAGAUACAAAAUAUGUUGCUGAUUAUGCUCAGAGCAGAGUGCCUGAAUGAUCUUCAUCUUCCAUCUGGAAAGCUGGCCCAAAUAAGGUUUAUACCUGUGUGAGCCACAAUCACCAGUAUAUUUUAGCAGGAAAACAAACUAGUAUUUGUCUCAUUAUGCUCACAUCUUUUUCUGGGGCCUGGCCCCUAAGACCUGUGUAUAAUAGCCAAGUUUAUUUCUCCCUGACUUUUUUUUCCCUACAUGUUUUUUAAGUGAACCUCUGGCAAGAGGUUUAAUGCUGGAUUUGGUUGUUUUGAAAGUUUUUAGUUUGGGUUUUUGUGAGACAUCACACUAUGUAACCCUGGCUGGCUAUGAAGACUAGGCAGGCCCCAAACUCAAAGAGACCCAUCAGCCUCUACCCACCAAGUUCUGGGAUCAAAGGCAUGCACCACCAUGCUUAGCUGUUUUUACUUUCAAAAAAGGAAAUUGAGGAAUAGCAACAGAUUCAACACAGGAUGUUUUUGUUAUGAAAAGCUAGGUUUUUCUCACCCAGCAGGACAUUUAAUUUGAUAGCCAGAAUAAAAAGAAUCAGAGAAUGAGGUUUCCCUUUUGACUCCUUAAGACCAUUCACCCUGCCUUAACCAGACAAAACACAAGUCAGGGGGAACUGGUUAGAUCAGGAUUUAUUUUAUUCCUUGUUGGUUUAAAAUGGCUAAUCAGAAUAAAAAAUUAAAGGGUCUCUGUAUA